AUGAAGCUCAUUUCAGUCGCUUCCUUAGCUCUAGUGCUGUUUGUGUCAGAUCUUGCAAGCGCUUUCACGCUACCGGUAGCACCCACCACUACUAGUAUUAGUAUUAGUGCUACUAUUAAUAAGACAAAGUUGCAAUCUCAAAAGCUGAGCGACAUUGACGAAAUGUGCAUUGAGAACGUAGCUGAACUUUGCUUGCAAGCAGACGAAGCAUUGGCGGCCGAUGAAUGCAACUUUGAAGAGCACGAAGCGCUGCUCAACCAGCUGGAAGACCAAAAAGCUCUCUUGGAAGCACACGUGAACCGCAUUGACAACUUAGUCCACCGAUUGAAGGCAGAUGGAUUGGCCAAAGAGGAACCAGAGCCUACCUACUUUGCUGGAUAA